GCUGUCAGUGAGCGCAGAGGAAAGAAAGGGAUGGAGGAUCCCGAGGAGGAUGAGGGAUUCGGGGGCACAGGGGGGACCGAAGAGACGGCGGUCGGGGAGCCCGGAGAAGAGACCGAGGAAGAUCCGUUGGAAAAGAAAGCGGAGGUCACCUCCCUAUCUGGGCAACCAGGAACUGGUAAGAAAAUAGGACACCGUGGUGUCGAUGCUUCUGGAGAAACCACUUAUAAGAAGACAACAUCAUCCACCUUACAAGGCGCUAUUCAGUUGGGAAUUGGAUAUACCGUUGGCAACCUAAGUUCCAAACCAGAACGGGAUGUCCUUAUGCAAGAUUUCUAUGUAGUGGAGAGUAUAUUUUUUCCUAGUGAGGGCAGUAAUUUAACCCCAGCACAUCAUUAUCCAGACUUUCGUUUUAAGACCUACGCCCCUGUGGCUUUCCGAUAUUUCCGUGAACUCUUUGGGAUUCGUCCAGAUGACUAUCUGUACUCUCUGUGCAACGAACCACUAAUUGAGUUAUCCAAUCCCGGGGCCAGUGGAUCUGUCUUUUAUGUCACUAGGGAUGACGAGUUUAUCAUUAAAACUGUGAUGCACAAGGAGGCUGAAUUUCUUCAGAAACUGCUCCCUGGAUAUUACAUGAACCUAAACCAGAACCCGAGGACACUAUUACCCAAGUUUUAUGGCCUGUACUGUGUACAGUCUGGUGGGAAGAAUAUCCGUGUGGUCGUCAUGAACAACAUCCUGCCGCGUGUAGUUCGCAUGCACUUCAAGUAUGACCUGAAGGGCUCUACCUAUAAGCGGCGAGCAUCGAAAAAGGAACGGGAGAAACGCAGCCCUACCUACAAGGACCUAGACUUCAUGCAGGAUGCUCCCGAGGGCCUGCUCUUGGACACUGAUACCUUCAGUGCUCUGGUCAAAACCCUGCAGAGAGACUGUUUGGUUCUAGAAAGUUUCAAAAUUAUGGAUUAUAGUCUGUUACUGGGAGUCCACAACAUGGAACUACAAGAGCGGGAACGUCAGACGGAGGGGGCUCAGUGCCAAACCGAUGAAAAGCGUCCUGUUGCACAAAAAGCACUGUAUUCCACUGCAAUGGAGUCCAUUCAAGGAGGAGCAGCUCGUGGGGAAUCAAUAGACACCGACGAUACGAUGGGUGGAAUUCCAGCCGUGAAUGGGAGAGGAGAGCGUUUGCUGUUGUACAUCGGAAUUAUUGACAUCCUGCAGUCGUACAGGCUUAUUAAGAAGCUGGAGCACACGUGGAAAGCACUGGUACACGAUGGGGACACCGUGUCUGUGCACAGACCAAGUUUUUAUGCCGAGAGGUUUUUCAAAUUCAUGACAAACACAGUUUUUCGCAAGACAUCCUCAUACAUUUUCAAACGGAAAACAAUUAAUUGCUCUCUCAAGUCUUCUCCAUCAAAGAAGGGACGGAGUAAUCUCCUUGCUCCUCGCCCUAUUGGACCUUCAGCAGCCUUCUCAGCUGGCCAAAUACCUACGGAACAAGACGAGGUGAGAUAUGACCUGCGUGGAGCUCGCAGCUACCCUACACUGGAGGACGACAGCCGACCAGAUCUCUUACCGUGUACGCCACCAUCGUUUGAAGAGGCCACAACUGCUUCCAUUGCAACAACUCUGUCUUCAACCUCCUUGUCUAUUCCAGAGAGGUCCCCUUCUGAGACGUCCGAGCAGCCACGGUACCGGAGACGUACUCAGUCAUCAGGGUAUGAUGCUAGAACUCACGAGGAAUCAAGACCAGAAGACGAGGUUCAGCAAAUAACAGUUGAAGUGGAAACGAGACAACAGAGUGUGCCCGUGGUAAUAGAAACAGAAGACAGGUGUGAGGCUUCUGGAUUCACAGGGGUGACUGGGCCUGGGGAGGAGACUGGAAGCCAGAGGUCAGAAGAGGAAGAGGUGCCAGUGACAGAUAUUUAUUUUUUCACGGAUGGGAGAUACUGGGUGUACUCCCCUCGGCUCCAUCAAGCAAACUCCACUUCCUCAUCUACUGACUCUCCACCCGAUGACCGGAGCUGGGUAUACUCCCCACUCCAUUAUAACACCCAGACCCAGCCGGCCUCCGACGAGGAAAGUGACACAUAAUUACUAUACAGAUGCAUCAAGGGCAAGCCCUUUUCUCCCUGCCCGGCUAUUAAAACUACACCGAGGAUCGAAAAAGGACACAAGUAUCAGCCAUGGAUUUGCUAGAAAGGUUUUGAGCAAGGCACACCAGUAUAUGAUAUAUACAUAUAUUAUAUAUAUAUAUAUUCCUACUGUCCGCUUCCUCCCUGCUCCUCGAUUUUCCGUUACCAUGUUUACAGUGUGUCUGACUGGCAGCUGUCAGAAGUGUUUGAACUUGGAGGCCAAGCCAGACUAUUCCGUCUAUUGCUACAAUUCCGAAAAACGCCUGGCUGGCCGAGAACCAGAUUCAGUGUUUGGUUCGUUUUACUACAUUUUGUAAGAAUUGUUUGCAGUGGAUGGUCGUCUUUGUUUUUAGCCAUUGACCCUUGUGAAACCUUUACGUUUUAACAUAAAUCUGUUUAGAUUGCGGUUAGGGGUCCAAUAGUUAAAAGGAUCAUUUUCCUGCAUUCUUUUUAGCGUAUUAUAAAUUGAUGUUUACAUUUUACGUGUGGGAGCUUUAGCCUAAAAUUAAUGUGCUACAUCUCCAGUGUAAGCUGUAUAGUGUUCAAUAUUCUUUUGAAGCAAGACUUUUUAAAAUAAUGGGUGGUUGAAUUCUGCACACAAAGUCCUAUAAUGAUGGAACCUUAAUUUAUAGGGUAGUUGGGAAAACGCAAAUAUAAAUGAGUUUACUGGAAACACGGGAUCAGGGGGGUGAACUGGCUAUCACGUCGAGUAUUGCUGGAAAAAUCAAUGGGGGGGAGAGGGGGGAUUUCUUCUGUGCACUUGAUUAGGACUAUAACCAUUUCCCUCAAGUAUUUAUAUAAUAUUUUUACAUUUAUUUUUCAUUUUAUGAUUUCUUCAUCAGUUGUGCACUCAUUCACAAGCUUUCCUGUUUGCUCAGGAAAGAUAUUUUCAGAUUACCGUUAUCGUGUUUAAUAUUUUUUUUUUUUGUUUUGAUGCAAAUGUUAUAAUUAUUAGCAGACUUGCAAUUACAUUCACCACUUAACAAAUCUGCUUUGAAGGCAGCGCACACUAUAAUAUAUUGCAACGCAAUAAAGCACCAUUUGCAAUGCGUCAAUCUCAAACCAUUCCCAUUCUGUUACAUCCCGUCCGAUACUGUAAUUGUUUCGUGACUGUGCUCCCAAAUCCGCACGCGCGCACGUCUACUUUGUGGUUUUGUUUUAUUUUAAUUAUUUUAAACAUUUUAGAUUUAUCCAUUUUGCUUCGGAGCUUUGUGGUCUGGUAAAGGGGAAACCCAGCACUCAAGUGUUCAUAUGUUUAAUUUUAAAGUGUCAGUACUAAUUGCACAGGGAGAACAUUUGAGAUUCCACAUGAAUGAUCACGCACUCAGUAAAUGGGUGCGCUCUAUGUAAGUACAUGGAAAGCAAGAGUUGCUGCAUUAAAGCAUUGUCUAGCGUCGUAAAAUCGUCACUUUUAGUUACAAGUUGUGGUUGUGCGUUAUUUUAUAUUUUUAAUCAAAUGGAUGAAAGAUAUACAUAUAUAUAUUGUUUUUGGUCUGUGUGGACUGUUACCAUAAAUUAUUUCUUUACCUGAGAACACUUCAUGUACACUGAAGCAUUUUUUUUAUGUAAUAUACAUUUUAUUUUAUUUUUUUGGCAGAACGACAAUGUUUUCUUGUGUUUUUUUUUUGUUUGUAUGGUGACUAUGACAUCUUCCUUUUGAGUAUUUUUGAUGUGAUCAUGAAACGAAAGGCUGGAUAACAUAAACUUGGAAUGUCUGGCCCAACAAAUGUUCGUAUAACUCCAAAAAAAUACUUUUGGUUGUAUAUUGAUGUAAAUAAUACGGUAUGAGUUCUUGUUUCAUGGUGAUUGUCUUUAUUUUCCCUGAUGGCUGCUAUAAUAUAUGGAAUUACCAGAAUUGUACUGUAUUAAAUAAAUCUAAAGCCAUUUUGUUCUGUUUA